AUGGCGCCGGACACGCUCCUCGUGCUGCAGCACUCGCCGGUGUACACCAUGGGCAAGCGCCCGACGGAGCACAACAUCCUGACCGACGUCGAAACCCUCGCGUCCCUCGGCGCGACCGUGCACAAGGCGCGACGCGGCGGCGACGUCACGUUCCACGGCCCGGGGCAACACGUCGUCUACCCGGUGGUGGAUCUCCGCGCGUCCGAGCUCGGCGCGCGCGCGUACGUGGAGGGGUUAGAGGACGUCAUGAUCGACGCCGCGGCGAGUUUCGGCGUGCGAGCGACGGGGAGGGUACCGGAGAUGACGGGGGUGUGGGCGAGAGGGAAGAAGCUCGGCGCCGUGGGGGUGCAGAUAUCGCGAGGGGUCGCGUCGCACGGGUUCGCGUUCAACCGCGACGUCGACUUGCGGUGGUUCGACGCCAUCGUGCCGUGCGGGCUGAGAGGGAAGGGCGUGACGACGCUGCGCGACGAGGUGGAGGGCGGGAGGGAGGGGGGGGCGCCGAGCGCGAUGGAGGUGGAGUGGCGGCUCAUAGACGCGUUCGCGAAGCGGUUCGGGUACGUGGACGUGGACGCGACGCGCGUCGGCGCCGGCGACGACGACGGGUAG